AUGGCGACAUUCAGCAACUCUACCCUGCCUCUCGCCGCCCUUCCCCCACUUCUCUCCCUCGGCUCAACUUCAACGACGACCACAGCCGUCCUUGCUGCGCUUGUCGCUGCUGCAGUGCUCUACGCUGCGACAUCGAAGAAGCAGAAGGGUCCGCUCCCGCCUGGACCGCCCGGGUACCCCAUCGUCGGCAACCUGUUCGACGUUCCGAAGAGCCGGCCUUGGGUCAAGUUUGCAGAGUGGACAGAGCAGUAUGGCCCGAUCUUCACCCUCAAACUCGGGCGCACGACCAUGCUCGUCGUCGGCCGCGCCCAACCCGCCAUCGACCUCCUCGACAAGCGCUCGGCCAUCUACUCGUCCCGCGCGAGGCUGAUCAUGACCUCGGAGCUCGUGUCGAGGGGUCUGAGGAUGACGUUCAUGCCGUAUGGAGACUUGUGGAGGAGGGAGAGGAGGUUGUUGCACCAGCUUACGAGUCCUGCCGCGGCAUCGACGUACGAGGACAUCCAGGAGCUCGAGAGCACACAACUCGUCCGCGACAUGCUCAACACGCCGCAGGAGUACUGGGGCCACUGCCAGCGCUACGCCGGUUCGACCAUCAUGAAUAUCGCUUUCAACAAGCGCGCCAACUCGCCCAAAGAACCGGCUAUCACGAGGAUGCGCGCUGUCAACGAGUACAUGACCAAGACCGCCGUCGCUGGCCGCUACCUCGUCGACUCGGUCCCGAUCCUCAAAUACGUCCCCGAGGUCCUCGCGCCGUUCAAGCGUGAGGCUCGCGCCAUCUUCAACGAGACGCUCUCGCUCUUCCAGUCGCAUGUCGAUGAUGUCAAGAAGAACCUCGCCGAGGGACGCGACUCGCACUGCUUUACCAAGUACAUCCUCGAGUCGCAGAAGGCGUACCAGCUCAAGGACGAGGAGGCGACCUUCUUGGCCGGAGCGAUGUACGGUGCUGGUUCCGACACGACCGCUGAUGGCAUCGCAACCUUCAUGAUGACCAUGAUCACACACCCGGACAUUCAAGCCCGCGCCCAAGCCGAACUCGACAAGGUCGUCGGCCGCGCUCGUCUCCCGACUUUCGCAGACCAGCCCGACUUGAUCUACUGCGGCGCGAUCGUGAGGGAGAUCUUGAGGUGGAGGACGGUUAUUGCGGGUGGAUUGGCGCAUGCUUCGACCGAGGACGACUGGUACAAUGGCUACUUUAUUCCCAAGGGCACCGUCGUCCUGCCGAACCACUGGGCGAUCCACCUCGACCCGGAAGUCUACCCCGAGCCGGAAAAGUUCAACCCAGACCGCUUCAUCAAGGACGGCAAGCUCGUCGGGACCAAGUACAGCGAUGUCGGUCACCACGGCUACGGUUUCGGACGUCGCGUCUGUCCGGGCAAGCACAUCGCCGACCGCAGUCUCUUCAUCGUCUUCACUCGUCUCCUCUGGACGCUCAACUUCCGCCCCGCGAUCGAUCCAGCAACGGGCAAAGAGGCGCCGCCCUCGGUCGAUGCCUUCUCGGAGGGCUUCUCGUCGCACCCGCUGCCGUUCACUGCGAGGAUGGAGCCGAGGGGCGAGUGGGUCAAGGAUGUUGUCGAGGCGGAGUGGAGGGAGAGGGAGCACGAGUUGGAGGUUGCGGGCAAGUGA